CAGUUCAGCCAGUUUUUUUUUUUUUUUUUUUUGUCUUUCACAAUUGGAAACAUUUUUGAGUGUUUCCCAUUGUACCUGAACUCAGUAAGUAGUAGCUAUUGUUCUUGGGCAAAUAUUCCUUCUCUCUGAGCCUCAUUUUUUUCUUUAUGUAGAGUUAGACUAAGCUUUUUUACAGCUGCAAUAAUCAGCCACUUAAAAAUUCCAGGAAAAUAAAAUAUGCAAGAAAGCAAGUCUACGUUAACGUUUAUCUUGCCCAUGCCACUUGCCUUACCUAAGUCAUUCGAUGACCUUAGUGGGCAAGACUGGCAGAUGACAGUAUUAAAAACACCUUAGGGAUAUGUAACAUGCAGAGAAAAGAAUUUCGGAGAGGGUUCUUAGAGGAGGUAACAUUUGAAUGGUGUUUUGCCAGGCCCUGUGAUAGGAGGAAAAAAACAGUCAGACAGCAGAUACUGCAAAGGUGUAAUGAAAGUGCAGAACUUAUUUAGAAUAAGCAGUGUGUUGGCGAGGAAGAGAAUAAAACUGGGAGGAUAAUCCUGGGCCAUAUUGUGAAGUGCCUUUUAUGACUGGUUCAGGAGUUUUGCUCGAGGUUUUUGUUUUGUUUUGUUUUGUUUUUUAAGUAAAUUGGUAGUGUAAUCUAGCUUUGGUUUUUAGAAGCUCACUCCUGUGUCUUCAGGUGUUAAAAUAUAUCCAAAGAAGCACCAGGAAUAUGAAUUACAUGUCCUGGGUUUUCCAGGAUCAGCCUGAUUUCCAGACUCAUGUCCCAUUUUCUCUGUAUGCCAGUGAUUCUUAAUCCUGGUUACCAUUGAAAUAAAAAAAAUUGAUAACUGCUUGAGCCCUUGCUGCAGAGAUUCCCAUACAGUAGGUCUUUGGGCCCAGGAAUCUGAAUUGUUGAACCACUCCCUAGAUGAUUUUGAAGCACGACUAGGCCUGAGAAUCUCUAACCCAAGCUAUAGUGCUUCUGAGUUUUGAUAUUUGAUUGUAUGCUGUAGUGAUUCAAAGAUCCUAUCGAGAUAGGUUCAGAAAAUACUGUCACAUACAUGUGAAUAGUCAAAAAGAGAUCUGGGCUGGUUUUAUGGAGAGACUGGCUGUGACUGCAUCUCAUUUGUCAUGUUUCUUUCCUAAGUUUGUGAAUUGGGAACUGCCCCUGCACCACACCCUUCUCUCCUUUUUCUCUUCAGGACUUCGGAAUCACUUACUAGGAGUCUUACCUCCUUGCCACCCAGUGGCCACCAUGGCAGCUCACCUGGUAAAGCGGUGCACGUGCCUCCUGAGAGAGGCCACCUGUGUAGUCCCUGCCAUGUCUCCAGCUGGCCGACUGAGACUCGCUAGAGUAGCCCAUAGGACUCUGACUUCCUCAGCUACCUCACCCAGUUCCCACUUCCCAGCUUCCUUGACAGAGCUUGUGGAGAGGGAACCAGUGUUUACUCCCUACCCAGGGCGCCAGGAGGUGGACUGGCUCAUUGAAAAGGCCACCAGGCCGGAGGAGCUAUUAGAGCUAAUUGGUGGUGGUCACUCCUUGCACCAGAACCAUGCUGCCCACAUCCUCAUCCAGCUCUCUCGCCUGCUCUCUGAGAAGCCAGAGAACAAAGCCUCUUUGACACAGGAUGCCCGCUUUCAGCAGCUUCUCCAUCUUGCCAACAGUCAGAUAACUUCCAUCUGGCACGGGACCCUGGUGAAGCUGCUCCGGAGCCUCUAUGCACUGGCACUCCCUAAGACCUGCAAGGAGCUGCGGUCGGUAGAGCAGGAGGUCCGCUGGCGAAUGCGGCGGCUCAAGUACAAGCACCUGGCCUUCCUGGCCGAGUCCAGCACCACCUAUAUGCAGGAGCAGGACUCGCAGGAGCUGCUGGCCGAGCUGCUUGUGCACCUGGAGAGGCGCUGGACCGAAAUUGAAGAUGGCCGCACAGUGGUGGCCAUCAUGAUGAAAGUGGGCCACCUCUCAGAGCCACUGAUGAACCGUCUGGAAGACAAGUGCCUGGAGCUGGUGGAACAGUUUGGCCCUGAUGAUCUGCGAAAGGUGCUGUUGACUCUGGCAGCACAGAAUCGUCGGUCAGUGCCCUUGCUGCGGGCCAUCUCCUAUCACCUGGUCCAGAAACCCUUUACCUUGACGAAAGGCACCCUCAUGGACCUGGCCUAUGCCUAUGGCAAACUCAACUUCCACCAGACCCAGGUAUUCCAGCGGCUGGCAGCCGAUCUGCUGUCCCACAUGCCCAGCCUGACACCCAGUGAGGUGGCCCGCUGCGCCAAGUCCUUGGCCCUCCUCAAGUGGCUUAACCUGCCCCUGUUUGAAGCCUUUGCCCAGCACAUCCUGAACACAGCCCAGGACAUCACCCUGCAGCAUCUGUGCAACGUGGUCCUGGCUUUUGCCCGUCUGAACUUCCAUCCAGAACAAGAAGAUCGAUUCUUCAGCGUGGUGCACGAGAAGCUGAUGUCAGAGCUGGCAGAUCUGAGCCCAGCUCUGCAGGUGGAUGUAGUGUGGGCCCUGUGUGUGCUGCAGCAGGUGCAGGAGGCAGAGCUGCGAGCCGUCCUCUCCUCCGACUUCCACACCCAGUUUCUAGGUGGUAAGUCUCCGAAAGAUGAGAGCACCUUGCAGAAGCUGCUGCACAUCAAUGCCACUGCCCUGCUGGAGCACCCCGACUAUACAGGCCCCCUUCUGCCAGCUUUGGCUUUGGUCCCUAGGCCCACAGCCCUUGACAAGAAGGUGACCCCUUUGCAGAAGGAGCUGCAGGAGACCCUAAAGGGGCUGCUGGGGAGUGCCAACAAGGGCUGCUUUGCGGUGACCACACAGUAUGGCUGGGUGCUGGAUGCAGAGGUGCUACUGGAUACUGAGGGACAGUUUCUGAACCUGAGGGACUUUGUUGCUCCUCAUCUUGCCCAGGCAACCGGGAGCCGGCCGCUGCCCCCUGGAGCCAAGAGGCUGGCUUUCCUACGGUGGGAAUUUCCCAACUUCAACAGCCGGAGCAAGGACUUGCUGGGUCGCUUCUUCCUGGCUCGGCGCCAUGUGCUGGCUGCUGGCUUCCUGGUUGUUGAUGUUCCUUACUACGAGUGGCUGGAACUCAAGUCUGAAUGGCAGAAAGGCGCCUACCUCAAGGACAAGAUGCGCAAAGCUGUGGCAGAAGAACUGGCCAAGUGACGUCCCCUAAGCGUGGACUGCAUGCCCAGGGCCUGACUACUCCGCAGAGGCCUAGCUGUGGGCACUGGGCCCCCAGGGAAGAGGUGUCUCCCUUCAGGCUGAGUCUUCAUAGUGCAAGACCUUGGCCAAAAGUGGGAGUGGUGGCCAGCAGCUGUGAGGGGUGGAUUUUCCUCAAGUGGAUAAUAAAUCUUUAAUUUUGGUGCUCAGCACCAAGGCUUCCCGGGUGUUGUCACAGUGUCCCGUUUGUGCUUCCACCUCUGUGUGUUCUGAAGGGCAGGGAAUGGUGUCCAUGGCUCUGCCCUGUGCACUCAGCCUCUGUCUCCAGCAGUAGAACCUGUUCGAGGUAGAGGCCAGGAGCCCUGCAAGGGAAAGCGAAGCACAAGACUUUAGGGACAUAAAAACUAGGGCUCAAACCAAAUUGUCUCCCUGGCUCCAAAUCACUCCAGCCUGCCCCAGCUGCACCUACUUCCCUAGCUUUCUGCCACCCACAGGGUGACCCUCCCAAGCUAAGUUGGUGCAGUUGCUGCUGCCGCCUUAUGUAUGUGCAGGCAUGGCUGGCCUGCUGCUGAGUGGCCUUUGGUCAGCCCCAGUAGGCGGGGGUGAGACCUUCCCCAGGAAGCAGAGGGGUUUUCAGUGGUUGGCCUGGAGUUCUGAUCGUGGUGUGGUCACCGAAUCACAGUUGUCUUCAGGGCUCCUUCCCGUCAGUUGUCUCAUUGUGGGGUAAGUGGUAUGGACCUUGACCUGUGGUGACAGAAGGUAUGAGGGCUGGGUGUUUUGGACGCACUGGCUCUGGGAUAGGAGAAGACGGGUGCCUGCUCAGCUGUCUCAUUACUACCAGAGCCAAAGCCCUGAGCUUUGUGAUGCCAUCGUGAGAACCAUCUGCUUGGCAGGAGUCUGGGGCCUGCACUUGCUUUCGCCACCACUGCUGCCAGAGGGGCCCAGACGCUGAGACGAAAAAGGUGGUUUUCUUCUUUGUACCUUCCAGUCUCAUUGAAAGUUUCCUUUGGCAGAAACUCACUAAAAGGCAGCUGACAAGGGAGUCUAGGAGCUGUAAUUUGCCUCCAGUCCAGACUAGAACAAACAAUGGCAUGGAGCUGAGAGCAAAGGGGACGUGACUGGUGCAGCUUCCAGUCUACCAGUCACUGGCCAUUCUCCACUGUUUGAGUGGCCCUUCAGAAAGAGCAAAUCUGUAUUCUGCUUAAAACCUUGCUGUUUGAGAAGAACAGAAUGCACAGGUCCUUGUAAAGCCAGCACUGCUCAUUUGCAUAGAUGGUGGGGAAGAAGAGGGCAGCCAGAGCUGACUGAGCCUAGGCAAGUGGGAAGAGCAUUCCAGAGUGAAGGAUCAGCAUGGAUGACAGCAGAGGCCAGAAGCAGUGUAGGUGUGCUGGGAACUAGGGCAGCAGGGCUCUUAGAGUAAGUGCAUUGUUCCAGGAGACGAGAGGUGGGCCAGGGCCAGUCAGGAAGGGCCUUGUAUAUAUCAUGCUAAGGAUAUAAAAGCUUAUCUUCUUCACUGAGCCCACUGACUUUAAUUAAACGCUGUGUAAUUAUAGAUUCACUUGCAGUUGUUAGGAAAUAAUAGUGAUAACCCCAAGCCCCUUAGCUAGUUUACCCCAGUUGUAAUAAAAUUACAGUAUAAUACAGGUAGUCCUAACUUAACGACUGUCCUUUUGUUAUUUGUACAUCCUAUGUUGCAGCAUGUUUACUGAUGUUAUCAUUUGCAGAUGUUCAAUUUUAUGAUUUAUUGUUCAAAACACUACUGUAUAGAUUCAAUUUUCUAAACUAAAUUAGGCACUUCAGUUGCUUGAAAACAUGGACCCAAACACUGAUAGCUUGCCAAAGUCAAUAGGCAGAUUUAGGAA